AUGAAUAAUAACCAGAAUAUGAAUAUGGACUUUUUGAAUGGCAUCACUGACCAGGAUGUACUGUGCCAUAGCGGCAAAGGCAAACAUCCAGGAACUAGCAACCUCCGGCAAACCAUUGAAGAUAAUUUUGUCGAUUAUCAAGAAGCUAACAAACAGAGAAGAAAAGAAAUUGCCAACGACAUUGUUUUUGACGUCCAACAGAGUGGUGGGCGAUUCAUGAAAUGGGAUAAGGAUAAUCAACGCUACUUCGAGCUGACGAACAAGGACGCAGUCAAGCGUGUACGAAUUUCAUUUGGCAAUUUGAAACACACAAUCAAUCAAGCUAUCCCAAAGCUCCUUGAAGAUCCUGGCGCUGAUGUAGCCCCACGACCACCACCUGCUGUGCAAGCAACUAGGAGGAGAGGAGAAGAACCACAUAUCAUUGGAAACGAUUUCUUCUUUUCCGUUGGAGAUUCUGUUGCUACUGCACAAAGACUAAUGAACAACGGCGACGAUUUGUUGACCGUUGGAGUGACUUCCGCGUCUUUGGAUGGUAAUCAUCUGCACGAUGAUGACCCUUCGUUUGACGUCCAGUUUCAACACCAGCAAGAUCAACAAGACGAUGACGAUGACGACGACGAGACUGCAGUUCUUAGCAACAAAGCAGCACUCCGGGAAGACGAUUACGACGAUUCGCCAAGAGCCAUGCUGCUGGCCCUUCUAUCCAAUGACGAGGGAGGCAAGCAGCUCGCUCAAACUCUCUUAUCCAUUGUGAACUCGGCCGGUCAUCAAACAAUAACGGCGAAACCCAGAGCCGUCCUCAGAACUUUGACAUUGGACGAGGAAGCAGAGGAGACUCUCAUGGCGGCAAAGGAGUCCCUGCUGAUGGAACAAAGGAAGCAGUCAAAACGUUUCAGACGCAAUGCCCCAGAGACAACUGAAGGAACUCACCUAUCAGAAAGGUUGGAGGACGAUGCAAUGACAAAAUCCAGUUACAGUUCUCAAUCCGUGCUUUCUUUUCAGACGAAACAAGACAUUCCCAAACUUGAAAUUGUGAAGAAUCUUAGAAUGGGUCGCAAGAAGGGAUGGAAAAAAGACAGAACUUAUACUGGUUCAACCAUGGGGGAGGACAAGAAGCCUCAUGGGAUGGGUUUCAUGAUCUACGAUCACGGCAGAAUCCUUUGCGGCGAUUGGCUACAUGGAGUCUUCCAAGGCAGAGGAUUGGCAAUCUAUGAGGAAACUGGGGACAUGUGUUUUGGGACCUUUCUAAAGGGUGAGGUGCAUGGCUAUGCAACCUUCAUGACAAAGUACACCAAGUACGUCGGCACAUACUACAAGAACCAAAGGCACGGAAAAGGACUGCUUAUCGACGUUCAAAGGGGCACGUACAAUGGUGACUUUGUGCAAGGCAAUUUCGAAGGCCCUGGCGUCUAUACUGCCAUGAAUGGGGACAUUACAAAAGGAGACUUUGUCAAUUGGAAACUAAAAGAGGAAAUCGAUGAUACCUGCAGCAGUGAGGCAGACGACGAGGAAUAA